AUGAUCAACCUGCCUUCGAUCACAGAGAUUGCGCAAGCAGCCCCCGGGACCGCACGACGAGGCUCAAAUCAACCUGGCAAAACCCCCAGCAGUCCACGGAAGGCCUCGGAAUUGCGCGCACAUCCCAGUCCUCGGAGGGGGGUCACGAAAAUGCACUCCAAUUUGAUGGUUCCCAACGACGUUGCGGACAGGGCCCUGUCCAAGCUCGGCGUGUCGGAAGAGACGCUGCGCAUUGAGAAGCUCAUGAAGAAGCUGGGUGUGUGCGACCACGACCUGGAGGAAUACGACGACUUACAACGGCACUCGGCGGUGCUGGAGCUGUCGAUUGACCAGCUGACCAAGGAGGAGCUGCUGUGUGGGUACUCCAAGAAGCAAAUGCUGCGGGCCAAAGCCGUCCGAAGCCUCGGCACUUCGGAGGAGGAGAUCAUCGACGACCAUGCGCAGCGAGUGUCAGGGCUGGGGGCCCAAUCCUCAGCAACCCCCCGAAAUCUAUCCCCCCGACUAAGGCAAUACGAAUAUCCAUUCCCAUUUCUAUGA